AUGGCUGACUGUAAAAAUGUCACCAUGGCUGACAUUGUCUUCCUGGUCGAUGGCAGCAGCAUAUCCCCCCAUGACUUCGAGGACAUCAAGCGUUUCCUGCGUACGUUUAUUGAGUCAGUAGACAUCGGCAACAGAAAAGUUCGGGUUGGCUUGGCGCAGUACAGUGAUGAACCUUUUCAGGAGUUCCUGCUGAAGGAUCACAUGGACAAGAGGUCCCUGCUGGCUGCACUGGAAGGAUUAUCUCAACGACAAGGAGGCACGAAAACAGGCAAGGCCAUCACCUUCCUCCAUAAUGAGUACUUCACCAAAGAGGCUGGCAGCCGAGCCAGCGAACAGGUGCCUCAGAUUGCUGUUGUCAUCACAGACAGGAAGUCCAGUGAUAAUGUGACAGGGCCUGCUCUGAGCCUGAGAAAGGAGAAAGGAGUCAUUGUGUUUGGCAUCGGGGUGGGACAAGCAGACAAGGAAGAGCUUAAGUCUGUUGCCAGCCGGCCCCCACAUCGCUUCCUCCUCACCAUUGAUAGUUUUGGGGCUCUGCAGCAUGCAACAGAGGAUCUUUUGAAAACUGUUUGUGUCUCCAUGGUGGAUAAGAGGCAAGAUUUGGUUGACAGGAUUUCAGAUAUUUUCUUCUUGGUGGAUAGUGGUAUAAGUCAACAACAGUUCAACCUGUUCAGGACAGAACUUAACAAGUUGGUCAAUCAGCUUAACAUUGGAGCAUCCAACAACCAUAUCGGGUUGGCCCAGUAUGGUCAAAAUAUUAGGGUUGAAUUCCUUCUCAACGCCCAUCAAACCAAACAGGAGACCCAGGCUAGUGUCAAGCGUUUCCGUCUGCGCCCACCACAACCCAACGAACCACAAAACCUGGGCCGUGCUUUGGAGUACGCCAGAACUAACUUUUUCACCAGUGAUGCAGGGGGCCGUGCUGAGCAAGGCUUCAGACAGUUCUUGGUCGUUGUGAGUGGACGAGCCUCAAGUGACAGUGUGUCUACAGAAGUUCGUAGUAUCAGAUCAUCAGGGGUUACUAUUGUUGGGAUGAGCGCAGGUGCACCGAUGGAUUCAGUACGCUUGUUGAGUGAUCAGGAUGUGUUUGAUUCUCCAAGAGUAACUCUUCUGAAGGACCUCUUCAUAACUGAGAAAGAGGACAACAUUACUGAAGAAUGCAAAGAAGUCAAUAAGGUGGACAUUGUGUUCAUUGUUGAUGAGUCGGGUAGCAUUGGACAAGCCAAUUUCGAGCUGGUACGCGAUUUCCUACAUUCAAUUGUAAGCAGCCUGGAUGUCAGUCAGACUACAGUCAGAGUCGGCAUUGUUACAUACAACGACAACCCUACAGCACAGGCCUACCUUGACACCUUCAAUGACAAGAACGAUACCCGACAGUUCAUCAAGAUCCUGCCUUACACUGGUGGUGGAACAAACACCGGAAAGGCCCUAAACUUCACCCGCGAUGAAAUCUUUAAUGAGACAAAAGGCAGCAGGAAGGAUGUCCAGAAGGUGGCAGUGGUUAUUACAGAUGGUGAAUCCCAGGACAAUGUUAGCGAAGCUGCAGUCCGUCUUCGUCGGAAGGGCAUCACAGUUUUCGCUGUAGGAAUCAAAAAUGCUAGCAAAACCGAACUGGAACAGAUAGCAUCUUAUCCGCCCCAUAAGCAUGUUUUUACUGUGGACAGUUUCACCGAACUGAAGCCCAUGAAGACGAUCCUUCAGAAAAUCCUGUGCAAUAACAUCAACGAACAAGCCGUCAUAGACAACAAAAGAACGUCAGAUGCCAAAAAAGCUUGUGUACCAAAGGAUGAAGCAGACUUCUUCUUCCUGAUAGAUGUAUCAGGAAGCAUUGACAGCACAGGCUUUACUGAAAUGAAGAAGUUCAUUAUUGAGUUUCUGCAUACUUUCCGUGUUGGGCCACGACAUGUCCGCAUUGGGCUUAUGAAAUACUCAGACUCACCAAUUUUGGAAUUUGACCUCACAACUUAUGCAAAUGCAAAGGAUGUGGAAAAAGCUGUGAUGGCCAUUGAAAAAGUAGGACGUAAUACAUAUACAGGGAAAGCACUGUCUAAAAUGAAACAAUACUUCAAGCGUGCGAAAGCCAGUCGCCCCAAAGUCCCAAAGUACCUGAUUGUCAUCACUGAUGGAAGAGCCACUGAUCAAGUCAAGGCACCUGCAAAAACAUUGAGGGAUCAAGAUGUCAAUAUCUAUGCCAUCGGGGUGAAAGAUGCAGACCAAGAUGAACUGGUUAAGAUUGCCGGCGACAAAGAGAGGACUUUCUCUGUCAAUGAUUUUGAUUCCUUGAAGAACCUCCACAAACAACUCGUCACUGACAUCUGUAUUCCUGAUGUUUGCAAAACCGUAUCAGGUGAUGUGAUUUUCUUAGUUGACGGCUCCGAGAGCAUCUCUGAGAAGGAUUUUCAGAAAAUUAAAGAAUUUGUGAAAUCUAUCAUCAGCAAGACUACCAUCAGUGAAGAUGGGGUGCAUGUUGGGAUCAUGCAGUACAGCACCGAAUACAAACUAGAGUUCUCCCUCAACAAACACUACAACAUAGAUGAAAUGAUCGAAGACAUUAAUGACAUGAAGCAGUUGAGUGAAGGUACAAGGACUGGCAAAGCCAUCAGUGCUGUGUCGGAGUAUUUUAAUAGAAAUAAUGGAGGGCGUCCUGAGCUACAGCAGAAGCUGGUGGUGUUAACAGACGGCAAGUCCAUAGACGACGUCAGUUACCCUGCUGCUGCUCUGAGGGAGAAGGGAGUAACCAUCUAUGCCAUAGGAGUGGCCGACGCCAACACUGUUGAGCUGGAGAAUAUCAGCGGGUCAAAACAAAGGGUUUAUUUUGAGAAGGACUUUGAUGCUCUGAAGUCGUGGGAGAGUCAGGUGGUUGUGGAACUCUGCAAGGCAGGUGAGGACUGUAAGAAGACAAGAAAUGCAGAUGUUAUUUUCCUGGUGGACGGCUCGGCAAACAAAAAUUUAAAUAUGUUCAAAAGCAUUCACAGGUUUAUGGAGACAAUAGUGGACCUUACUGAAGUUGGCGAGAACCUGGCUCGUUUUGGGGUCAUUCUCUACGCCGAUAAUGCUGAGUCUGUUUUUACUCUUAAAACGUAUUACAACAAAUGGGACGUGAUUGAAGCAAUACAGAGGAGUAUAAAGACACUCAGUGGAAACACCAACACUGCCAAGGCGAUGGAAUACUCAUUACAAUAUUUUACUGAUGCACACGGUGGCCGGCCUACAAAAAAUAUACAUCAGAUUCUCAUGGUGAUCACAGACAGGGAUGCCUCUGAUCGUUAUGACCUGGAGAGGGCAUCUAAAGCACUCAAAGAAAAUAGAGUCAUUGUCUUCAGUAUCGGAGUGGAACCUGCAAAUAGAGAUCAGCUGAAAAUCAUGGCUGAUGGUGACAAAUCCAGAGUUUUCUACGCAAAUAAUUAUGAUGCCCUGAAAAAUCUCAGCAAGAAUGUGUCCCGUGUCUGGUGCAAUUUUACUCAGGAAGUUUGCGAGACAGACAAGGCUGACUUGGUCUUCCUACUUGAUUCUUCCAGCAGCAUCAAUCGUGACGAGCACGGCAUCAUGUUGAACUUCACGUCAGAACUGGUGAGCAGUUUCAAAGUAGGUCAAGACUUUGUUCGUGUUGGAGCUGCACAGUUCAGUGACCUUCAAUACCAUGAGUUUUACCUCAAGAAUUACACCAACAAGGAGGAUGUGAUUGCACACAUUCACAAAAUGGCUUACUUUGGUGGAAACACUCACAUUGGAAAAGCUUUGAAAUACAUUAAGGAUUACUUCACAGUGGCACAGGGCAGCCGUAAAUCUGGUGUCCCCAAGAGUCUGGUGUUGAUCUCAGAUGGCGAUGAUAAUGAUGAUGUUGACAUCCUGGAGGACGAAGCCAACGAUCUCAGGGAAAUGGGGGUUAGGAUUUUUGCAAUAGGUGUUGGAGAUGUCCACCUCCUGCAGCUCUUGCAGAUUGCUGGAAAGCCUAGUAGAGUGUUCAAUGUGCGGACAUUUAAGGGCUUGGCAGAGAUCAAGAAUGAGGUGCUCGACAGAGUCUGUGAACGUGACCUUAUCCAAAGUACACCUGAGUGUAGCAUCGAUAUCGCCAUUGGAUUCGAUAUUUCAAAAAGAACUGGGCUUCCUGGGGAGAUGCUGGUCAGCGGCCAUCACAAUCUCCGGAAAAACCUGCCGCAGAUCAUGCACUACAUUUCUUCUGUGUCUAGCCUGUGCUGUUUUUAUGGCACCAAAAUCAAUACCAGCAUUGCCUUCCAAGUAGUUGACGACAGCAAUGGACGAUCCCUCUACGACACAAAUUUUGAGGAGUAUAGCGAGGAUGUGUUACAGAAAGUCAUGACCCUGCCGAUGACUCAACCUACUUACUUCAACACUGCCCUGCUGAAUUCCUUCCAAAACAAGUUUGCCACGUCCAAAGCUGGUGUGAAGGUGCUGGUGAUCUUCUCCGAUGGACUCGAUGAAGACUUGGACAAUCUGCUGCGUGUGAGAGAGCGGUUGAGAAAUUCAGAAGUCAACGCUCUACUGACUGUGGCUCUGGAGGGAGCCCAAAACCCUGCCGAGCUGCAGAGGUUGGAGUUUGGCCGAGGUUUCCACUAUGAGGAACGCCUCAGUAUUACCAUGCGGGAUGUCGGUAGUGCCAUCCUCAAACAGAUUGAUUCAGUGUCAGACAGGGAGUGCUGCAAUGUCACUUGCAAAUGCGUGGGAAAUGAUGGCCCCCGUGGCCCUUGGGGGCCCCCAGGGCCAAAGGGUGGGCCUGGACGGAAGGGUCAGCCUGGCUUCGUGGGAGACGAGGGAACCUCUGGAGCCAGAGGACCUCCUGGACCAGCUGGACCUCCGGGCAUCCAGGGCUGUCCUGGAGUCAGAGGACAGAAGGGAUCCCGAAGCACUAGAGGCGAGAGGGGCGAGAAAGGGGAUGAUGGCCUGGAUGGCCUCCAUGGAGAAUGGGGAGUGCCGGGACUGAAUGGAAGUCGAGGAGAGCGAGGAGAUCUAGGAAAUCCAGGUAUCCCAGGUAUCCCAGGAGAGGGUGGGCUGAAAGGAGAGCGAGGACUGAGAGGAGAUCCGGGACAACCGGGCGUAGAUAACACCCAACCAGGACCCAAAGGAGAACCCGGGAACCCAGGUUUACCGGGAAAACAUGGACCGGAUGGGCGAAAGGGUGAUGAUGGAGACAUUGGAAACCAGGGUCCAGAUGGAAGAAGAGGUGGGUCUGGAAGGAAGGGUGGACCUGGACAGCCGGCAGAGACAGGACUCCCGGGUAUCCAAGGUGCUCCUGGUCUUCAGGGAGGCAGAGGGAAUCCUGGUGAUCGUGGACCAAAAGGGAUCUCUGGCUUUCCUGGACCUGCGGGUAAACAUGGACAACCUGGAGGCAAGGGACAAGUUGGACAUCGUGGACCUAAUGGACAGAAGGGCCAACCAGGGAAUCCGGGUAUAAAAGGUAAUCCAGGUUCACAAGGACCCAGAGGAAUGCCGGGUCAGGAUGGUAGAGACGGUCGUGGACCCGCAGGACCCACAGGUAGCAAGGGAGAUCCUGGUUUUCCUGGGUACCCUGGUCUUCAGGCUGAGGAAGGCCAAAAGGGAACCAAAGGACAUCCGGGACAUAAAGGGAACUCAGGUCGACCGGGAAACACAGGCAGACCAGGUGAGGGAGGCGGGAAGGGAGACAAAGGAGGACCAGGACACAAUGGUCGCAAAGGCCCUCCAGGUGAAGGCAUGUCUCAAUGUGAUCUGAUCAACUACAUCAGAGAAAACUGUGGUAAGUAUCCGAAGAAGGCAUGUCCAGCCUACCCCACUGAACUGGUGUUUGGCCUGGACAUGACGGUGGAAGGUACUUUCCAGAGGCAGCAGAAUGCCCUCCUCUCUCUACUGGAGGACAUUUCCAUUGCUGAGAGCAACUGUCCGACAGGCGCCCGUGUGGCUGUGGUGGGAUACAACUCUGUCACCAAAUACCUGAUCCGUUUCCAGGACUACCGCCGCAAGGCCCAGCUCAUCAAAGCUGUGAAGAACAUCAGGUUGGAGACCACAACCAACGAGCGCUAUCUAGGAGCCGCCAUGCACUUUGUGGGUCGGAAUGUCUUCAAACAUACCCGUGCAGGAGCAUUGAUGAGGAAGGUGGCUGUAUUUUUCACCAAUGGAAAAUCAGAAGAUAAAAAUGAAAUUGUUACCGCUGUGAUGGAAUAUCGGGGUCUCAACAUCAUCCCUGCAGUCAUCUCACUGGAGAACGCUCUUAAUGUUCGUGAAGCCAUGGAGGUUGAUGACACAGGACACUCUGUCUUCACGGAAAGGCCACAGGACCAGGCCGCUGAUCUGCGCAAAGUCAAGAACUGUGUAAUCUGUUACAACCCCUGCAGACCUGAAGAGGAGUGCUCCUUCAUCCAGGAACCAGUGAAGCCUCAAGAAGUGCGUCUGGACCUGGUGAUGGUGGCUGACAGUUCCAGGCUGAUGCAGGCUGAUGAGUACGCUAGCACCCAGCAGCUGUUAAGCUCUGUGGUGGAGCAGCUGGUUGUGAGCCCACAGCCCCGCCGGGCUGAUGGGAAAGUUCGAAUAGCUGUAGUCCAGAGUGGCACUUGGACUCCCAAGUUGGAGUUUGGCCUGCAGACAUACCAGGACCAACAGCGGAUGAAAAGGCACCUGAUGAAGGACAUGCAGCAGCAGGGCGGCUCCUCAGCACUGGGACUGGCGCUGAAUUACACUCUGAGGGAGGUGUUCCUGAAGGCCAGCCAGCCCCGCAGGAGGAAGGCAAUUCUGACUGUGGUGGGCACCCAGACAGCUUACGAGGACCGGGCCAGACUACAAUACAUCUCCCAGAAGGCCAAGUGUGAGGGGGUGGCGAUGUUUGUGGUGACGGUGGGCGAUCGCUACAACCGGACGCAGGUGGAGGAGCUGGCCAGUCAGCCUGAACAGCAGCACCUGAUCCAUGUUGGGCGACUGAGGGCCGACGAGCAGGGCUAUGCCCAGCGCUUCUUCAGGGUCUUCCUCUCCGCCCUCAACAAGGGAAUGAACUCAUAUCCUCCUGAUUCUGUAAAACGGACCUGCCACCAGCUGCAAGAGCCAACCCCAGGUCCUUUGGCACCAGCCUUCGAUCUUAACGGUCUGGGGUCGGCGGAGCUGAUGGAUGAGGGGAAGGAGCAGCAGGAGCAGAUUGGAGUAAAGGCCACACAGCUGGACAUCAUUGAAACUUUGAACACAGAGGAUGGACAGAGCUUACUGUCAGUAGCUAACAUCACAGAUGCCAGAUGUUUGCUCAGAAAAGAUGCCGGUAACUGUGAGAAAUACACCGAGAGGUGGUUCUUCAACAGCGAUGUUGGCCAAUGCUCCCGCUUCUGGUACAGCGGCUGUGGUGGCAACAGCAACCGCUUUGAGACGCAGAAGGCUUGUGAGAAGCUUUGUCUGAGGAAGAGUCACUGA